AUGGAGGGUCUCUUUACUCUGCUCGUCCUGAGCAUUGUGAUGGCAGUUACUUCCUUUGUCGUCGGCUCAUUACCUCUCGCUUUCACACUCUCCCCCUCACAACUGCGACUCAUUUCUUCAAUUGGUAUGGGAGUGCUAGUGGGCACAUCCUUGAUUGUUAUUAUCCCCGAGGGAGUCGAAACCCUCUACAGCGCAAAUACUGUUCCCAAGAAAAGCCUACACGCCCGGGCUACCACCGUGGAAUGGCAGACACAGAAACCUCCCGUUGCCGCCACACCCAUUCUGAACGGAGACGGUACAUUCUCGACAUUGCCAACCACCACACUCGUUUCGGUGCCGUCACUCGAUAAUACCGACUAUGCCGUGCCUUUCGUCAACCGAGGCUGGAGUUUGGGCGGACCGCAAGUGCUCCAAGCCCGCAAGGAGGAAUCCUCUAGCGACAAGGCGAGUGAGGAAGCAGAGGAAGAGGAGAGCUCUCCCCACGCCUGGAUUGGUAUUGCUCUCGUGAGCGGGUUUAUCUUGAUGUACCUCAUCGACAAACUACCCGAGUUCGCUUCCCCGACCAAGAACGAGCGACAGCCAUACCACAUUUCCCUUGACAACCUCGGAUCUGGAUUGCGCCGAAACUCCUCGCCCAUUCGCGAUGGCGGCCUUUUGGAUGCCGCGCAGAGCUCCCGACGUGGUCACAGUUUUGCAACUACGACGGGACUGGUGAUCCAUGCUGCGGCCGAUGGUAUCGCAUUAGGCGCAUCUAGCUCAGACACCGGGCUGAGCUUUAUCAUUUUCCUGGCCAUCAUGGUGCACAAGGCACCGGCGUCCUUUGGCCUUACUUCCAUCUUGCUCAAGCAGGGUCUGUCUAGCCGAACUGCGAGGGCGCACCUUUUGGUCUUCAGCUUGGCAGCCCCCGUCGGUGCCCUUGCCACAUUCGUCUUCGCGCAAAUGAUGGGCUCUUCCAGCGGUGACGAAGCCACCGCUCAUUGGCGGACUGGAAUGCUUCUGCUUUUCUCUGGCGGCACCUUUUUGUAUGUUGCGAUGCAUACGAUGCAAGAGAAUGGCCCCGGCUCGUCCUCACGGACAAUUCCCGUGAAUGGAUAUGGCGACGCUCGGGAGCAGAACGGCGAGGACAAAUCCAUGCGAGACCUGAUUGCUUCUGUGCUUGGUAUGAUCCUGCCGCUGUUCCUGCAGAUCGGACAUGCCCAUUAG